AUGACAAAUUUUCGCCAGGUAAUAGUUAUUUUAACUGCUUCGCUUUGCAGUGUGAUGUCAGUUUUUGAUGGGUUUGAAUAUGAAGUACCUGCACUUUCAAAUGUGAAAACGAAUUAUCUCAUUCAAAACUAUGCAGGCUUUGGAACGUAUAAGUAUGGUUAUGACACUGGAAGUGGUCCUGGUCAGUCAUUCAAACAGGAAGAGAGGGCUGAAAAUGGAACUGUUCGAGGCAGGUGGGGUUAUAUAGACCCCUAUGGUAACCUGAGAGUGACCGAAUAUCUAGCAGAUGCUACUGGAUAUCACAUAUUACAUCGACGUAUCGUAAACCUGCACUCCGAAGAACCAAUUGUGAAACCACCUCGACCAGUUAAAAGACCACCUGGACCUUUUAUUGGACCUCUCCCACCAUUUAUUCACCGACCUCGACCAGAGGAAAUUUGA